GUCGGCCCGUCCGUCUAGUUCCCUCAGUCUCUGCAACCCCCGCCCCUCAUAGUGGCUCCUCUCGCCAUUUUGCGCCCCCCUCCAGCCUAGCCCAGUCACCUUUUCCCUUUGUACAGCCUCUGUCCCCCCAAACCCCGCCCCCCUGCCCAUCGUGUCCCGGGGCCGCCGCCGCAGACACCGCGCCAUCUCUGUCCCCUCUCAUUCUCCACGCGGGACGCGCAGACGUGCCUCCACGUGUCCUUAAGCAGAGAUGAAUAAUACUGCAGCUAGCCCAAUGUCUACUGCCACUUCAAGCAGUGGAAGAAAUACAGGGAAGACUAUAAGCUUUGCUGCAGAAUUGCAGAGCAUGAUGUUUUCUUUAGGUGAUGCUAGGAGACCUCUCCAUGAAACAGCAGUUUUGGUAGAAGAUGUGGUUCACACACAACUAAUUAACCUGUUACAGCAAGCUGCAGAAGUCUCUCAGCUACGGGGAGCAAGGGUGAUCUCUGCUGAAGAUCUUCUCUUCUUGAUGAGAAAAGAUAAGAAAAAACUUAGAAGACUUCUAAAAUACAUGUUUAUCCGAGACUACAAAUCCAAGAUCAUCAAAGGAAUUGACGAGGAUGACCUCCUGGAAGAAAAACUGAGUGGCAGCAGUAGUACAAACAAGAGACAGAAAAUCGCUCAGGAUUUGAUCAACUCUAUUGACCAGACAGGAGAGCUUCUGGCAAUGUUUGAGGACAAUGAACUUGAUGACGUUAAACAGGAAAGGAUGGAGAGAGCAGAAAGACAGACUCGAACUAUGGAUUCAGCUCAAUAUGCAGAAUUCUGUGAAAGCCGACAGCUAAGCUUCUCCAAAAAAGCUUCCAAAUUCCGAGACUGGCUGGACUGCGGCAGUAUGGAGAUAAAGCCCAAUGUUAUAGCUAUGGAAAUUCUGGCGUACUUAGCGUAUGAAACAGUGGCACAGUUAGUGGAUCUGGCUCUUCUUGUAAGACAGGAUAUGGUAUCCAAGGCAGGGGACCCCUUCAGCCAUGCCAUUUCUGCAACCUUCAUUCAGUAUCACAACUCUGCUGAGGGGUCCUGUUUGAAGUCCUGCCCAGACUCUCCUGAGAACACACCACCUCCUACACCAACAGCUCCCUCUUCUGGAUCACAGCAUUCUGGGAGAGCCACAUCGGGAUCCCUGGGGAAUGGGAGUACAGGACAAGACUCUACUAAAAGCAAGCAGAGAAAGAGGAAAAAGAGUACUGCGGCCUGUGGUGCUGAGGCUCACAGCGAUGCCAUCCAGCCCUGCCACAUCAGAGAAGCCAUUCGACGCUACGGCCACAAGAUUGGCCCUCUUUCUCCAUUCACAGUGGCACAGCUAGCUAUACUCAAGGACGUCUCUUCAGCCAUCUUGGCUGCCUGCCUGCCUCUGUGAUAACUUCCUACAAGAGCGCCUACCGAAGGAGUGGGAUGGCUUUCCUGGCCUGCUGAGGGGACCAUGGCUGUGCCUGCUGCAGGAGAGAAAAUGGUACACCAAGGUCAUUCUUCCCCGUCCUGGCUGAAAAUAAAAUAUGAGUUUACCUUC